AUGGCGCCCCAGACGCGCAAUCACCCGGCGCCGGCUCUUGGCGACGGCUCGGCCAAUGGUGGCGACACCCCCCCGAGCACCCCCGGCACGACCGCCGGCGACAUCAAGCUCCGCCGCGCGCACAAGAAGUCUCGCAACGGCUGCAAGGAGUGUAAGCGCCGGCAUGUCAAGUGCGACGAGACUCGCCCGACUUGCGUCAACUGCGCGACCGCCGAGCGUCACUGCUCCUAUCUCGACUCCCUGCCGGCCUCCGCCCGCUCUGCCGCCCCCUCCAUCCCCGCCAAGCGAGGCUUCGUCGUCGCCGGCCACAGCCCGGCCAGCUCCGGCGGUACCGGCGGCGGCGGCGGCGGUGGUGGUAACAGCAGCAGCAACAGUGGCAGCCUCAUCAAUGCCGGCAGCAUGCCCGCCGUAGCCACCUCGCCCUCCAUCACCGCCGUCGUCAACGACUUCAUCAUGCGCUCCGACGUCGACCGCGAGGUCGCCAGCCCCGCCAACGGCCAGUUCUUCACCCUCGAGCACAUGCGCCUGCUGCACCACCUCGAGACCAACAUGAACGUCUUCAUGUCCGCCGACGACUUCAUGAAGCCCCUCGUCGACAUGAACCUCGAGUCCGCCCUCAACGCCCCCUACCUCAUGGACGUCCUGCUCGGCCUGUCCGCCCUGCACAUGGCCGACCUGCACCCGGACCGCGCCGACCACUACCGCCACCAGGCCACCCAGCUGCAGACCCGCGCCCUCAUGCUCUUCAACGACGCCAAGGAGGACAUCUCGGACGACACCUGCAUCCCCAUGUUCCUCUUCUCCUCCACCCUCGGCACCCAUCUGCUCUGCGACACUCUGCGCGCCAACCGCCAUGACUUCAACGCCUUCCUCGACCAGUUCGCCGGCUACCUCAACCUCCACCGCGGCGUCAGCACCGUCACGAGCCGCUCCUGGCACGUCAUCCGCGAGUCCGGUGCCAAGCGCUUCAUCGAAUUCCUCGAGUCCCGCCGCCCCGCCGACCACGCCCCCUCCGAGGUCGACAUCCUCCACCGCAUGCUCGACCAGGCCGACCUGGGCCCAGCCUCCCUGCAGGCCUGCCGCGACGCCGCCGAGACCCUGCGCCACUCGUACGCCAUCUACCGCACCAUCGCCGAGCGGAGCACCCAUCAGUCCGCCUCCGUCAUGGCCUUUGGCGUCCGCGUAACCACCGGCUUCAUCGACGUCCUCAAGCAGCGCCGCCCCGAGGCCCUUGUCAUCCUCGCCUUCUACGCCGUCCUGCUGCACUGGUGCCGCAACUUUUGGAUCUUUGCCGACGCCGGCGAGUUCCUCAUCCGCGCUGUCGCCUCCCACCUCGGCGACUACUGGUCCGAGUGGCUCGCCUUCCCCCUCUCCGUGCUCGGAGAGCACACGGGAUGA